AUGGACGUGUACGUCCAGAUCACGGGCCUGGACUCAGGAAAGACACGCGGAGUCAAGGCACUACUUGAUAGUGGCUGUAGCACCUGCUGUAUCGAUACCGACUACGCGCGGGGAGAAAAGCUGGAUAUCCAAGAACUUCCCCAACCCAUUGUGGCUCGUAACGCCGACAACACCGAGAACAUCAGCGGUCGGAUCACGCAUUACGUUGACCUAAGGAUGAGAAUCGGUCCUCACGUGGAGACACGCACGUUCCUUCUGACGUGUUUAGGGAAAGCUCGGAUCUUCAUUGGUCUUGAUUGGCUGACGGAACACAACCCCGAGGUGGAUUGGCAGGAGCAGACAAUGAGAUUCAGUCGAUGCCCAGAGCGGUGUCACAUGAGGGGUCAUGAGGAGCACCAAGCAAUGAUCGACAUGGAUGCAAUCGACCUGGCAAUGGACAAACCAGAUCUGGAAGAGGGAGAAUCAAUCCUGUUGAUCGACUUUGGGAAGGAGGUGGAUCUACGGCUGAAGGAAACACCGGCGCAGAAAUUCGCAGAAGAAGCAGAAAAAGAGAAGGAGAGAAUGACCGAGGGGAAGAUUCCGGAUCAAUAUCAGGAAUUUGUCAAAGUAUUCGCCAAGGAAUCGUUCGACUCGCUGCCAGACCAACGGGCAUGGGACCAUGCAAUCGAGCUCAAACCUGGUUCCAAAGCAGUGGACUGUAAGGUGUACCCGUUAUCACGAAACGAACAGGUCAAACUCGACGAGUUCUUACAAGAGAACCUGGCCAGCGGACGGAUCAGACCUUCCAAAUCACCCAUGGCAUCAGCGUUCUUCUUUGUCAAAAAGAAGGAUGGCUCGCUACGCCCCGUCCAAGAUUAUCGGAAGCUGAACGAAAUGACAAUCCGAAAUCGGUACCCGCUGCCGCUGAUCUCCGAACUGGUCCAUUGUAAGGGCAACCUCGAGGCCCGAUCUCAGAGUCCUGACAAGGGAGAGUCCAAAGCGUCAGAUAAGGGGAUCGACUAG